CAUUGAUUUAGCGAUAGGAUAAGAGACAGAAGUUGCCUUUGAGAGAUGUUUUGUCAUGAGGGAUGAGUAACUUAGGCACAUGUCAACAUUAUCCAUGACGUGGGUGUGUUAGCAAAGUGAAGGAAGGAGAUGACUGUGGAGGCUACAGAUCAGUGGCAGAUAGUGAUGUGCAAAGACAAGACGAGAUGGCCACCCAUACUGGACUGUGUUACCUGUGCUUGGUGGUCGUAGCGAGUUGGGGUAGUCUUCACUGUUCGAGCUACCCUAGGCCACUCAAGGCCACGAAGGAUGGCGACAUUAUCAUCGGCGGAAUCUUCCCUGUGCAUGAGAGCGUCAACUUCCAAGACGAUUACGAUGGAAGGCCAUCCGGCCGAAAUUGUACGAGGUACAGUGUGGCUCGCUUGCUUCAGGUUCUGAUGCUGGUUGAAGCAGUGGAGGCCGUCAACCACUCGCCUCUGCUAGGUAACCUGACACUGGGCUAUCACAUAGUGGACUCCUGCUCAGACGUGUCGACUGCAGUGGUUGUUAUGCAGAGGUUACUGGAUGUUUGUCCCUGGGUGUCCUGGAGCAGACCUGGCAGGAACAACAGCAGGCCUGUGCGUCCCGCAAGAUCUGUCAGCGUCGUGGUUGGCGGAUACCACUCAGAGAUCUCCAUCGCUGUGGCUAGACAGCUGUCCAUCAAUCAAAUCCCGCAGAUCAGUUAUGGUUCCACUACAGGGAUUCUGAGUGACAAAUCUCGUUUCCCAGCCUUCAUGCGGACAGUACCAGAGGACAACUAUCAGGCUCAGGCCAUCGUUGACAUCCUGGUGGCCUGGAAUUGGACCUGGGUGGGAGUGGUGACAACAGACGGGGACUAUGGUCGCUACGCCGCCCAACGCUUCCAAGAGCACGCAAAGGAAAAAGGCAUCUGCGUUGCUUUUUAUGAGGUGCUCUCAGACAUUCUAGACGACACAAGUCGCGAAAGGGUGAUAAACAGAACCGUCCAAAACAUCGAAAGGGACCCCAAUAUCGGAGUCAUUGUGUCCUUUGCCAAACCAGAUCACAUGAAGUACCUCAUGAGCAUGCUCUCACUGAACGCCACUGGACGCAUCUGGGUUGCCAGUGACAACUGGGCUACAUCUAGCCGUGUGGUCGAGAACCGAACACUCAGUGAGAUUGGGACUGUCAUCGGGGUCACCCUAAAAACUGCCAAUAUGUCACACUUUCAGAGGUACGUGGACGGCCUGGAUCCUGACCCGGCUGCUCACCAGAACAACACCAUACUGCAGCAGUACCUGUGGUCGGAGGGCAAGGACAUGACCCAGCCAGAGCUGGGAGCAGCGCUGAAGAAGAAGAUCUACCCAUACGCCGUGUUCAGCGUGGGGCUGGCGGUCAGAGCCAUAGCCAGGGCCGUGGCUAACCUCUGUGCAAACAGAGACUGCAGAGGGGGCAACAACUUUAAGCCGUGGGAGCUGAAGAAUGCUUUGCGGAAUUCCAAUUUUACGUUGGGGCCCGACGAUCCUUAUCUGUACAAAUUUGAUCAGCACGGUGAUCUCAACACUGGCUAUGAUGUCAUCCUCUGGAAGCAGAAUGGAGAGAAUAUAGACAUGACCGAGGUCGUGGCCAAGUACAAUAUCAGUCCUCGGGGUCUCUCCUUUGUGAAUGAAGCAAAGAUCUCCAACCUUGUGGGUAAUGUGACCUCCAGAUGUUCCCCAAGCUGUGGUCCAGGAAAAAGGAAAGUUACAGACCACAAGCCAGUUUGCUGCUUCGUAUGUGAGGCUUGCUCAAACAACACUUUCAACAAUGCUACAGAUUCAAAGGACUGUAUGACAUGUGAAGCUCACCAAUGGUCUGAAGAGGGCAGCAGCAGGUGUCUGGACAAAAAGAUUGUGUUUUUUGGUUGGAAAGACAACUUUGCAAUCGUUUUGUUGUCGUUUGCUGCGCUGGGCGUGCUCCUGACCCUGGUGGUGCUGGUGCUGUUUCUGGCCCAGUGGUCCACGCCCGUUGUGAGGGCAUCUGUCGGGCCCAUCUCCCUCCUGCUCCUCAUCUCUCUGCUUGGCACCUUCGUCAGCGCCGUGCUCUUCGUGGGCAGGCCCAACAACCCCCAGUGCCAGGCACGCCAGGUGCUCUUUGGCCUCAGCUUCACCCUGUGCGUCUCCUGCAUCCUGGUCAAGUCCUUGAAUAUCCUCCUGGCCUUUCAGAUUGACCUCUCAAAAAGGUUUAUUCUGGACAAACUCUUCCAGCCCUACCUAAUCAUUGCGGCCUGUGUUGCUAUCCAGGUGGGGAUCUGUACAGCCUGGCUUGUUACAGAAGCUCCCUGUGCCGAACAGAAAGACCUCGGACGAAACCAGAUUAUACUGCAGUGUAACGAGGGCAACAUGCUUUUCUUCGGACUCAUGCUGGGAUACAUCGGCCUUCUGUCCCUGAUUGGGUUUGUGAUAGCCUUUAUGGGCCGGGGGUUGCCUGACGGCUACAACGAGGCCAAGUUCAUCACCUUCAGCAUGGUCAUCUACCUCAUCUGUUGGGUGGUGUUCGGGCCCGUCUAUGCCCAUUCGCACGCGGACUUGUACCUCCCGGCCGUGGAGAUGAUCGUGAUCCUCUUCACGGCCUACGGCAUCCUCUGCACUCUCUUUUUACCAAAGUGUUACAUCAUCUUGUUCAGGAAAGAGCGCAACACCAAGGAGGCCUUUCGCCAGAACGUACGUGACUACACCCAAAGGCCGUCCCUGGAGCCACCCAGUAUCUCGCUGACGGACGACCCCAGCUCUAAUGGGCAGUCUUAUCGGCCCCUGCAGGGGUCUAGCUCCCAAGCAUCUCUGGUGCCCAGAGAGGAGGUGCCUGAUGGACGUGUCUCACCGCUAUCAGCCGUUUCUAGUGCCCACCUGACUCCCAAAUCACCACCAGCAGCACCAGGAGCACAACACACCUUCCUAACGGGGGACAGGACCACACCGGUAAACCAGCGCAAGAAGUCUCUUGUGAGGUGUGCUACUGUACAUUGAAGCUUUUACUUCUGCAUCCUCUAAGUUGUCUUUAUGUAACGUGAAUGAUGAAUGCCAGCCUAUAGGCGGCACAAAUAUACGCACAUAUACGGAUAAUAUUGUUGUA